GUUCAGAACUUCUUCGGCGGCCAGGACCCUUUCGACAGAGUUCCUCCGCACUCGGCUCCCUCGCGAUCAGAGGGUGCCGCGUCCUCGUCGCGUGAUGCCUUCACCGUGCGCAGCAGCGCGCCACCUGAGAGCUCGGCUGCAGGCCCGCCGCGGAAGACCCAGCGGCUGUCUAAGGAAGA